CACGAGCUUGUCAUCCAAUAAAAAACGUGUUUUCCACAGUUACUAUCCGAGGGUAAGAAUUGAGCUAGGCUAGGCUAAACGAUAAAGAAGGUUCUGGAUCAUUGUUCAUUCGAAGCUGCAUAUUUCACACAGUCUUUAAGACAACAUGACAUAUCGGAGGGAGAGGAUUGUACGAGAGGUGUACGAUGACCGCUACUUACCAGAAAGACCGGGUCCGUACCCAAGAGCAGCUGGACCGGUGGAAAGGAGGGGUCCGUUUGGCAGAUCAGAAGACGACUACGGCCGCGGCGGAUAUGACUAUGACGGUGGCUCCCGCUUUUACCCAAAUGGGGGUGGCCGACGGAGUUUCCACAUUGAAGACCAGAGGGGCUACCAUGGUGACGGCCAUCAUUUCCCUGCUGAACUCAGAGCUGGGCCAUCGUCAAGGAGGGAUGACUAUCCUUACAGAGGUCCCAGGGAGGAUCAGCACACUGGUCGUCCUUUAGAGUUUGGCUCAGCAUCUAUGUCCCCCACCUGCAGCUCCCGUGCACCUCCACCUCCUGCUGCGCGAAACCAGGGCAUGUACCCAGCACCCAGAUCGCUCCCGGAAAGCGGGGAAGACACACUGGUCCAAGCCAUCCUCAACCUUGACAGAGGAGAGGAGCGAGAGCAGUACAGGAGAAAGAUGACCACCUUCCCUCCCCUCAGGGAGAGGUCUCCUGUUCGCAGAGAAGUGGCCCGCUCCCCCCACAGUCGCUCUGGUUCCAGCGUCAGCAGCAAAGGCUACUCGCCCGACCGAGCCAAGACCGUGCCAUUUCCCUCAAAGCAAGACAAAAUUCCUGGCCUGUCCAGAGAAGGUUCUCCACACAGCGCAACCUCAAUCAAGGAGGAGAGUCAUCCUCCAGAAGCAGAGAAAGAGCCUCCAGUUGUGGAAGCGAACCAGAAGUCGGCGCAUGAAUUUCAGGAGCGACGGGCGCUAGCCAUUGCAGCCAAAGCCCAGGAGAUAGAAAAGGUGUACCGUCAGGACUGCGAGACAUUCGGCAUGGUGGUGAAGAUGCUGGUGUCUAAAGACCCCGGCCUGGAGAAACAGCUGCAGGUCCCACUAAGAGAGAACCUUGGCGAGAUCCGUGAGCGGUGCCUGGAUGACCUCAAACACUUCAUCAAAGAGCUGGACGAAGUGGUUCGUCAGCCAGAACCUGCCGUCUGUGACUCAAGCACCCCGUCCACAUCUGUAACCAGUCAAAAAUUUUCUAAAACAGGACUCGGCAACAACUCGGCUUACUGACAAGUCUCCCCGAUUUAGGCGUGACCUCAGACUGACGGUGGGAUGGAGGUUUGUCUCGGUUUGACCGUCCAAGACUGAUGGAAACAGCGGUUCUCUUGAGUAAAUUUUUGCAUUGCUGGACUGCUCGUGAUUUACAGCACAGCAACACAAGGAACAACAGAGAUGGAUGCAGCGCCGCUAUGUCACGUAGAGACAAGCAGUGUUAGUUUUGAGUACUUUUUGUUUGUUUUUUAAACCUCUGGAUUCUCUGUUGAAAGCUGGUCAUUGUAAACUAUCCUUUAAAGUCGUCUUCCGACUGCAAAGAAUGAUGGUCUGAGUGUUUGUUCUCCAGCACAUUUUGUUUUGUACCCUUAAAAGAAGAAGAGAUAAAACUGUGUUCUGUUCUUGAAGACAUUUGGUUCUGUUAAUUUAAUUUACGAAGCAGUCGGCUACGACUUGGUGCUGCUAAAGUUCACAACAGUUCUACAUUCUUGUAUAAAUUUGUAUUGUCUAGAAA